AUGCAAUUCAUCCAGACUGUUGCCUUCGCCGUUGCCUUUGUCGCAGCCAUUGCCUCCGCCUCCUCGCUCACUGAGGACGGCAAGCCUUGCCCCAAGGCAGGCAGCUUGUGCACGGUGUCCAACCCGAAGGGCUGCUGCCCGGGCCUGACAUGCACUCCCAGCGGAACCAGCGUCGCGACCUGCGAGUAA